UGACAACCGGCCCGCAUCAGAGAGUAAUCCACUGGUGUUUAUUUUUAGAAGCUCUCGGCCGCUGCGUGUACACUCGUUCAACACACUCCCCAUGUUCCUCCGGUCAAUAAUUUAGACGCUGUAGGUCUGCCCUGCAGCACAGAGUCACAGAGCAGGCUGCUACAACCCUGCGCUACAGGACGCCUAGAAAAAAAGAAAAGAAAACGCACAGGGUGCACCGCCCGCUGAGCGAUGCACACAAAAAUCAUAAGCCAGCAAAACGGUAACCAAGGAGCCACAUCUGUGAGUCUUGAUGUCUCUAUAGGUCUAAUGUGGGUUAAAGCACAAUUCCCUUGUUGGUGAAAGUGUAAACUUGCCUUGCCUUGAUGUCCAGGAAGCCCUCCGGCUCUCAGACAGCCCAGCCAGGGGCCGCCAUGACCACAGAGUACCAGGAGAGGUUUCUUUGCCCACAUGGCCACAACCCUAACCAUCCACCGAAGGGGACGAGUGACGACAUGACCACUAUUAGAUCAUACUAUGUGACCCAAAAAUGGAUAAAACAUCCCCCAAAGGCCCCACAGCCAUCUUUGCCCCCCAAAGACAAGAGAUGCGGCAGCGCCACACAAAAUCAUGUACACCUUGUAGCGAACCAGUUGGCAUCCAAGUUGGAGGACUACACAACAGUGUACCAAAAGGAUUUCCAAGCAUGGAAAGCAAACAAGCGAAAGCCAUUUAAACUGGCUGACAGCUUGAGAGCCAACGAAGGAUUAGGUGCCACAGACAACGCUUCCAAAGAAGGCCACUCCCAUGAACCACAACCUUUUGAAAGCGUCACCAGCUACAGAUUUGAUUAUGUCAAACAUCCAGUGCAGCCCAGGACACGCACGGAGAAGCCUGUGUGCCAAACCAAAGGUCUGCCGUGUCAGGCUGCUGUGCCCCUGAAGCCAAAGGUGGCUCGGGACAUGAAACAAGAACUCUCUGACGAAGCCAGGGAAUUCUUUCAGCAAUUCAAGACCUGGUCCCUUGAAAACAAGUUCCACGGCCAAGGCAAAGCCAAAAAAUCCAGUCCACCGGCAGAUCACGACAACUUCCUCUCCACGACACACGCAGACUACACGGCACACAAGUGCCAGCGCACCAAACCGUUCCUGCCGUCUAAGCAAACCAUGGAGAAAAGCAAGGAGCCCUUUCAGGCAACGACUACCAUGAAGGAGGAUUACAAAACUUGGAACACGCCGCGGCGCUUCCCCAUUGUCCGUAAGGCAGCGAUGGACUGGCCCAGUAGCCUUUGUCCCAAAGUGAAUGAGACUGCAGUCUGUCAUUCCAACUGUGAUGCCACCACUCAGGUUUCCGGCUUGGAACAUAUCUCCAAUGGGAAUGAAGAAUCCAGGAUGUACUGGACCACCUCUCUGGACAAAGGGGUGACUUGGGCCGACAGUGGAAUUUGUGAGGACCCCCCCAACCAAACACUCGGCUGCAUGGUUUUAAGCAGAAGCUAAGCUUUCCUAGAGACCAGGCCGAUGGCGAGAUGCACCCAUCACCUCGAGCAGUUUCUGCCUUCACACCAAUAAAAAGCCAUAAAGCAUACUGAGAUUAUGUAAUGGCAGCUAUUUUUAUACUGAUGAGCAUCUCACUGAUACUCCACAGCCAUGUUGAGUGUUAUGCAAUCUACUUAACUGAAGACAUUUCAUAUUUCGUUGGUGAAACGAGUUAGACCGUUAAAUAUGGUCUAUCACACCAAUUAAUGAAUGGUGCGUAUAUAAAACAUUUUUGAAACUGAAACAUCUGACUUUGCAGAAUCGGCAAAUUUGGACCCAGUCUUCUAACCUUUAAUCUGGGGCGAACGCUCCAUCUAAACUACAAUCAUUUACAGUUGUUACCAUUGUUCCCAUUAUGAGGUACAUUUUUUCCGCUCACACAAACUUUAUAAAAAGCACAACUGUGUUAUAAAUACCAGGCAAUAAAUACUGUACUAGUCAAAUAAUGACAUUUUUUAUUAAAAAACAAAAAGGGGCAAAUAUCCUCACAAGGAAAUGCCAUGACUUGUCCACGUCUUAACUGGGAGAACUGUCAAAUCAAUCAUAUUUACAUCAUAUACAGAAAGAAAAAAAAAAGUUAGCAAUCAAAAAGAUGUUGCCAAAACAGUCUAUAUGCAUAGCA